CCUUUUUCUCGUCCCAUACAUCAUAUCCUUAGACUAUCGCAAGACAAAAUUUCUUGAAUCAAAUCAAUGGACGCACCUAUAUCACCAGCUUCUGCCUCCGUGGUAGAACCAGUUCGGAGUAACUCAGAGAAAACACAACUCUCCAAAUGGCACCAAGCAGGUAUUCUUACUUCAGCCUUCGUCAUCAAUUGCACGGCCGGUGGUAUACUCUUCAGUUUUGGCAUAUAUCAAGCGCUCUAUGAGUCGAUGUCGUCGUCAUCGGAUACCGACAACCCAUUUGCAGGCUCCUCUCCAGCGCAAAUAGGUAUUAUAGGCAGCCUCUCUGGUUCAAUGAUGGCAAUAUGUGCACCAUUUGCUGUUGCGUGGGCUAAGCAUUUCAAUCCACGUGCUGUAAUAUGCGCUGGUGGGUUGCUUUUUGGUCUAUCGAAUAUACUGGCUAGUUUCGGCACAACAGUAUGGCACUUUCAACUUUCCCAAGGCCUUCUUCUUGGAAUAGCAGAAUGCCUAUCAUACCUACCGUCCAUGGCGGUGGCCCCAACCUGGUUUAGCGCUCAUCGUGGUGUCGCCAUUGGUACCAUAUCCGCCGGUACAGGCAUUGGUGGUCUUAUCUGGUCUCCAAUCACUACCGCUUGCAUUGACCGAUUCGGCUUUCGUGAUACCCUUCGCCUAACUGGGGCUUUGUCAGCAGUGCUCAUCUUUGCAGCAGGGUUUGUUCUUCGAUGGGAACCGUCCAUGGUACCAGAAUUGCAAGCAGACAAAGACGCGCUAUCUUUAGCGCAGAAAGUAUAUCGUGUUCCCUUGCCUACCAGGGAAUUGGCGAAACAACGCAAGUUCAUUGGGCAAGCCCUUGGGGCUGCCUUUCAAGGUGCAGCGUAUUACAUACCUACAUUCUUCCUAGCAGCGUACGCAAGGACCCUGAGGUAUAGCGAUCAAGACGGUUCAAAAUUCAUCACCGUUAAUAACGCCUGCAACGCUAUUGGUAAAAUAACGAUUGGCCUGAUAGCAGACAGACUGGGUCGUCUUAACACAAUGUGUCUAAGCACCAGUGUAACAGUUCUUAGUCUGGGACUCUGGAUCUCAAGCACUGUCAUUGGACAGACAGACCAAGCGAUAGCAAGGUCACUUUUUAUCUCCUUCACGGUAUUUUAUGGUCUCUUUGCCAGUUCAUAUGUCAGCUUAUUUUCACCCACUCUGGUAGAGCUAUUUGGACGGAGACAGUUACCAUUCACUACUGGCUUCAUGUAUCUUGUCCAGGGACUGACAGCGCUAGCUGGAACCCCAAUUGCAGGUGUCCUCGCUGGAUCAAAUGGCAACUUGACAACAUCUUUCAAUUACCUAGGCGUCUCGCUCUGGGUCGGCGGGCUACUAUUUGCAACAAGUGUAACAACAAUCUGGGUGAGAAUAGAAGCAGCGGCAGGACGUAAGCAUGGGCAGAGUAACAGUUGGAAGCUAUAAGUAGCAUCAUAGACAAGAAUUAGAUUUCUAUAGAUAUUCUCGUAUAAUAUUUGAU